UUAUUCUAUCAUAUUCUGUUACCUAUUUAUAUUAUAUUUUAAGAUAUUCUUUAGUCUUAUUCUAAUUGCUCCACAAAACGAGCAUUCAAGACGUACUCUAUCUGGCAUUUUCUUCUCUUUGCAAGCAUUAAGACCUCUGAUAAAGUGCAUGGUCAACGAUUGGGACACAGUGAUGAACGAAACCGAACGGGAAACAAUGGUGAACAUUGCGAUAAUCACCAGAAAGACUACAAUGAGAAGCACAUUGAUGGUUAACAUCGUAGUUCUCGCUUUUCUACCUGCACGACUAUCUAACAUGAGAUACAACGACAGCGCACUGUUCUUUCGUGGCUAUUUCCCCUACAACACUAGCAUCAGUCCAAAUUUCGAAUUGACGAUGAUCGGUCAAUUCGUCGCUACUGUUUAUGCAGCGAAUACCUACACAGCUAUAGAUACUUUUGUCGUCCUGUUGAUUUUUCAUGUCUGUGGACAGCUUUCGAAUUUGAGAGACGAUUUACAGAAGAUUCAUUCGUACGAUAAGAAAGAUGUAGAAACGAAGUUGCGGAAAAUUAUUCAGAAGCAUGAAUAUAUUAACAGGUUCGUAUUCCGCCGUUUAGCAAAUAUUAAUCAUGUCGUACGUACAUCUAAGGUUCGCGACAACGAUAGAGAAUUCUUUCAACAUGAUGCUUCUGCUUCAAAUGCUGGGUUGCACUAUUCAAAUAUGCUCUCAGUCUUAUCAAAUCAUUAUGGUACGAAGUCAUUUGAAGAGGAAGCAAUGGAAUACAUGAUUUUCCAAAUUACCUUUCUGUUGUUAUACGUAGUUUACGUGAUGUUGCAAUUGUUCCUAUAUUGUUACAUGGGAGAAAAACUAGCAGCCGAGCAGAGUACGGAAAUAGCUAACACGGCGUACUACGCCGAAUGGUACAAUUUACCUCCCAAGAGUGCAAGAUGGCUUGUAAUUAUUAUGUGCCGUGCCAGAUCUUCACCGUUACAAAUUACAGCAGGCAGAUUUUAUUGGUUUACUCUAGCGCUAUAUACUCAGGUAAGCGUGAACGAGUCCUAAUACGAUUUACGAACACAAACUUUCUUAACAAUUCUGUGAUAAAUUGCGAAGUAUCUGAGAGCUACAGUGACCAAUUUAUAACGCAUUGUCAAUUGUUGACACAACAAAAAUUAUAACGAGUAUUAGAUGAUUGCUGUUCAAUUGCUGAUCAAUUCUAGCAGCAUUGACUACAGGCUCAGAAUGUAUCGAUACAAUUUAGGUACCAAAUUCUGAAACACAUCCUGUGUAAAAGACACAAAAAUAUCUCGCAAUUUAAAUGCUAUAGGUUACAUUCUAGCGUAUUAAGAGAGAUGGAUAUAGUAGAAGAAAAAAGCGUACGAGUAUAGAGAAUAUAGAGAACUAAACUAAAAAAUAGAUAUGCGAUAUGGUAUAUAGAUUAAGAGAUGAAAAAAUAUGUACACGGUGUUCACGGUAUUUCUAGACAGCGUUCUUAUCGUAAACGUUAAGUAUGAGGAUAAAAUGAAUAAGGAACAAGUGUUACUGUUAUUUGUAAGCAACAUAAUGGCGUAUGUAAUUUUUUUAUAUGUGUGAUAAUAUAUGUGCAAGUCUUUAGAUGCGACGAUACUCCAGAAGAAGUAUAGGAUUGAAUGAGAGUUUGAAAAAUAUGUAAUCCAAGUCUCUCUUUUCGGACUGCGAAGCCGAAAAAUAAGUAAAUGUAUGUAGGGGAGAGUCGUACGGUACCGACCGUCGUACAAUAGCGACCAAAAUUAGUUCUACUUUUUUUCACCAGGUAUUAGCAAUUUUAUUUGAAUGAAAAAAUGAAUAUAACGAUCCUGUGCAACAUAUUUCGGAAUCAUAUUGUUUGUUCCACAGCUUUCGCU